AUGAGAGAACUAAUAAAAAUCUCUAAAUAAAUGACUCAUUAAAUUUUACAUAAAUAAACAUAAUCAUUGCAAGAUGCAUAAAGGUAAAAUAAUUUGGAGAAAAGAUUAUUGUUUUUGGAGAAAAAUAUAGGUUUCUAAUUGAAGAACUUACUUAAGUAAUAAUUUAAAGGAAAAUAUUGA